CGCCUCUGCAAGUUGCACGCUGAUGUGGAUCAUUUAUAAAGGCGUUAUAUAGACAGGGGACACAGUGUACUCUGGGACUGCUGGAAAAAAAAAACACCAGCUUCGUCCUGACAACGGCUGAGAAAACACAAUGUAAGAAAUCGGACAGCUCCAGCAAAGGACGUUGCAUCACAGACCGCGGAGUGAGUUGGAGCCCAGUGUAAUAUCUUCUGGUGCAGUGCUUUGCUUCUGGUGCUACAAUGUGGCCUAGCGUGCUGUGGAGAGAAGUGUCAUAGGAAAAAAACAACACACACACACACACACACACACACACACACACGACCACAGGGGACCAGGUAUUUCUGUGCAGUAGAGAGAAGGCGAUCAUGAUUUAGUGAACGGCUGUUUGGAUAGGCGCGGACGAUGCUGUGUGAGCCAGGCUGCACGGACAAGCCCAGGGAGCUGCAGUGAGCUGAUCAACCACCUCUGUCGUCAACAGACCCGAAAGGAACCACAAUCCUGGUAUUGGAAAAGACUGAGGAAGGACAAGUUCCCUCUUUGCCGAUAAGCUUCGAAGGCGAGAGAACAGAUUCCCAAGAUCCUAGGACCAGGUGAUCAUGAAUUGCUGCUCUCUCCAUGGCUGUGUCCAGCUGACAGUGACCGCCACAGUGCUGCUCCUGCUGGGGCAGCUGUCCUCGGGCGCUGAGGGCCCGUCUCCAGCCUCCUUCCUGCAGGACCUGCUGGCUCGCUAUGGGGAUAAUGAAACGCUCACCGUGCUCCAGCUCAAAGCGCUGCUCAACCGACUGGACGUGGGCGUGGGACCGGGGACCAACCGCAGCAAAACCCAGCUGCAGAGCAAGAACCUAACCAGGUGCUUUUCUUCCUCUGCUCUCUUCUCCGCGCACAACCUCUCUGAGGCGAGCCGGCUGGAUGGACGCGGCCUUCAGGAGUUCUGCCCCACCAUCCUGCAGCAGCUGGAGACCCGGGCUUGUGGGGCGGAGAACCAGGAAAAUGAGGAGGAUGAGCAGGCCCUGGCGGAGGGGAAGCCGAGCGCAGCUGAAGUUUGGGGUUACGGUUUCCUGUGCGUCACUGUGAUUUCCCUGUGCUCGCUGGUGGGGGCCUGCGUGGUUCCGUUCAUGAGGAAAACAUUUUACAAGAGGCUGCUGCUGUACUUCAUAGCUCUGGCUAUCGGGACUCUUUACUCCAACGCUCUAUUCCAGCUCAUUCCCGAGGCGUUUGGUUUCAAUCCUCUGGAGGAUUAUUAUGUGUCCAAGUCUGCCGUGGUGUUUGGGGGUUUCUAUCUCUUCUUCUUCACAGAGAAGGUGCUGAAGAUGGUGCUGAAACAGAAAGAUGGGAAGGGUCACGGGCACAGCCACUACCAGGAGGAGAAGUACGCCUCCAAGGUGGAGCUGGAGGAUGGGGUGAUGGAGAAGCUGCGGAACGGAGAACUGGAUCAGCCCCCGCACCCCGACGAGGAAGAGGACCAGCGCACGCUGACCGCCGAGGGUACGGUCCUGUCUGCAGCCAUGUCCGUGCAGGACGUGCAGCAGGGGGCGUGCGUCUGGCUGAAGGGCACUCCGUACUCGGACAUCGGGACCCUGGCCUGGAUGAUCACACUCAGCGACGGGCUGCACAACUUCAUCGACGGCCUUGCCAUCGGAGCCUCCUUCACCGUGUCCGUGUUCCAGGGGGUGAGCACCUCCGUGGCCAUCCUGUGCGAGGAAUUUCCACACGAGCUGGGUGAUUUUGUGAUCCUGCUCAAUGCUGGGAUGAGUAUCCAGCAGGCUCUCUUCUUUAACUUCAUCUCUGCCUGCUGCUGCUACCUGGGGCUGGCAUUCGGCAUCCUGGCGGGCAGCCACUUCUCCGCCAACUGGAUCUUCGCGCUGGCAGGGGGCAUGUUCCUGUACAUCGCCCUGGCGGACAUGUUCCCUGAAAUGAACGAAGUCAGUAAAGAGGAGGGCAGUGACGGCAACACUCUGGUGGCCUUCGCAAUCCAGAAUGCGGGGCUGCUCACUGGCUUCUCCAUCAUGCUGUUGCUCACCAUGUUCUCAGGGCAGAUCCAGCUGGGAUAGGCCAGGCUUCGGCGUGUUCCGGGAGGGCGUGAUUCGGCUUCGGGGACACCCACACCAGCACUUGCAGGGUCUGUCAUUGAUUUGCUAAGGAAUUACGCUGAAGAGUACAGAAAAGCAUUACUCCUACUGGUGUCUGCCAACCGCUGAUAAGACUAGGAAGAGGACAUCUUGUGCAUUUGCAGCGUGGAAAAAGCAUUUAAACGCAGAGAGAUGAAGCAACAGAAAUGAACAAAUGACAGACAACAUUCUUCCACUUUAGGGUUAGGCAGUAAAUCUGUUAGUAUUAUUGCACCACGUGAUCUUCUGUUGACAUCCAUCCCAGCUACCAGUAGGAUGAAGUAGUGGAAUAAGAAGAAAUCCUCAUGCCAGCAGAAAACGAAAGCAGGAAAGGUAGCUCAAUGCUCGACAGCCGUAAUCAGUCUUCACUAGCUUUCAGUGCAAUCAUACAACCCUAAAAGACUUCUCGUCCUGUAAUAUCUCUGUUCUUUUUGAUGGCGGGGCUGUUGGCCUGUCAGGAAGCACACAGCUCGCCCCGUCUAGCCUGAAAUGUAAAGUGGUCUUCCUGCACCGGGACAGAAUUAGACCACCUGUCCCAUUCCAAACCAAAAACGAUUCUAAAAGGGCUCAAAAUGGCAUUCGUAUUCUGCUCCAGAAGCAAGCGGGCUAGAUGCGAUCAAAUGAAAACCUUGUUCAAAGACUCUUCCUGAUUUGUAAGGAAAUGUGUUUCAGAUGAAGCAGAAGCAGGAUGGCACAAAUACCAGAAGCCCAGUAGAGUUUAACAGACUUGUGCUGAUGAAUAACACAUGCCCUUCAGAGGCUCGCAAUAGGAGAGCGCCCUGUUUAAACACGAUUGGGAUGCCAAGACCUGGGAAUUUAGGUUCUUUUAGGUGUUGACCCACAAUUUCUGGUUCCUCCUCCCCGACACCAAAGCACAAUGAGAGAGGACUGUCUUUGCUUCAAAGGUUUUUAUGAACAAUGAGUUGAACAUCAACUAGUAUAGAAUAGGUGUUUAACUGGGUAUUUGUAAUUUUGAAGUCUCAAAAGAAGUGUAGUAAUUGUUGUCUCAUUCCUUAAGUCCUUAUCUUGUAAUCUAGAAGGAAGUUCAAUCAAUGUUGUUGUUUUAUGUGAAUUCAAACGUUGCCAGGGGAUAAUUGUACCACGCUUGCAGUCUACCAAUACAAUAUUGGGGGGGAUGCAAGUAUUGCAAUGGUAGUUAUUUAUUUUCUGUAUUAGGAACGUCAUUUCUCAGUUGAGCUAUUAUUAAGGUUUAUCUUUUUAAAGAGAAAAAUCAUAUUGUCAAACAGAUUGGUGUAUAAACUGAACAUUUUAAUGCUAAAAUAACAAAUCUUUUGUAUGUUCUCCUGCUUAACAGUAGAAAUGGUAGUCAGGUUUUGCCUGUAUACUGUAGCACUGCAAACAGUAUAGAUGUACUAUUACUGGGGGCAGACCAAGCCCAGUUUAGUUUCCUAAUUAAUGUAUCUGCUCUGAUGACUCAAUCGAACCGUUUAACUUGAAUUCUGAUUUAAAACUAGCGGAUAGUUUCGGAAACGUUUAUUUAUUUGAAUCAGAUACUUGAAUUUGAUACCUUAAUUUACGGCAUAUUGUGCACUUUCACUUGGACGAGGGAUUCAUUGGCGUCGCAUCGGAGAGUCCAGGCUUCUCGUAGGUUUGAGAGCUGCUGAACUGUGCUACAGUCUGCUCUUUUUAAAUAUGAUCAGUAACAGGUUGGCUUCAGUAUGCUAAAUUUCUAAAACUCUUUCUAGUUUAAAAAAAAAAAAAAAAAAAAACACUUCGACCUUUGCCCGAAUUGUUCAGUUGCUGAAAACUGUUCUACACGCUCGGGUCUCUUCUUCUUGCCGCACUCUUUAAGUAAAGCGGAGCGUUCUUUUGGCUCUGCAGGAACGCUGGGAUUCCUGUGGGCUCCAGAAUGGAUUUGCCUGGCUUGUCUGUCUGUUGUUUACAUGGUACUUUUAAACAACUGCUUUGUUAUUGUCAUCCUUUUUUUUUUUUUUUUCCCCCCCAAAGACGAGAUCAGUUUAGCCGGAGAAACACACGCCGGUUUUGCAUCUUCUAAAAGGCGCCACAUUGAUGCACCGAACAGAAAAACUGUUAAUCAAAUAUUUAGGUAUGGUGAUUUAAUACAAGGGUUGGACAGGAUAAUCUUGCAACAUGUUGCACACACUUUUGAUUGAUUAAUUAAGUAUAUAUAAUCAUAAACACAAGACAAGUGCAAAACCAACCUAUUAUUCUCUGCAAGUGGCAUUAUGUCCACUGGUACCAGACAGUCCAGUGGGUGGUGAAUUAUUUACAGUCUCCUCCUUUUAUUAGCAGGUUUGGCAGCUGCAUCGUUGCAGACCUGCUGGCAUACACAUUAAGACUUGAGGCUUUUCAAUAUGCAAACGUUUUAUUCCUGACACUGUGGGCCAAUGUGCAUUUUAGAACGUAGGUAUACUUUUCACGAGUUACUACAUUGCUGUUAUCAUAUUGAUUAGCGGCUGUGAAGUUUGUAGAGCGUAUUUUAAAUCCUUGUCUGGAUCUCAAACUGCCUCUUUAUUCAGGGAUACCAAGUCAUUCUGGGUUUGUUCAUUCAUCUGACCAAACAGUUGUUGGAUGGUAGUGCUUCUAAAUCAUUACCAGGCAAAAUGUAGAGCCAUGAUUAUAGAUGGCAAGAAUGUGGGCUGAUUGUUUUGAACUGUUUUCAAGUUGACCAACCUGAUCCAUUUAAAACUGUAAGCCCAGAGAGUUGCUGCCUUUUUGAAGGAAUACUUUUAUAAUAUACCCACUGUCCUCAUUUUUAAUUGUAUACCUUUUUAAAACCAUGUAAUGUCUGUCCUGUGUGAUAAUCUGUUCUUGGUUCUACUUUAGAUCAUUUUCAACCAACCCUGCAAAAGUUUGUUUCCAAAAAGACUCCUCAAGCAAGGCGGGGAAGCAUCUCUGUGUUGCACAAUGCAUCACUAAUGACCUUCAGUGUGCAGUGCAACUGGAAUAUGCUCCCCCUCCCACCUCACUUCUCAAAAAGAAGCGAUUUUUUUGCAGGAAUAUUUUAGUACGGCCGGCAAAUAAACAUCUAAAUGAAAACGGCAAUAGAGAGUCCUAUACAAGACCCACAAAGCUUUAAGCUGGCAAGACAUGUAACAGUAGAAAAAUGCUAGAAGCUAUGAAGUUCACUGUUACUAUAUACUAGCCGAUCCUUUUUUGUUUGUUUAUUUAUUUAUCGGAAGCCAUCAUUUAAAAAUGACAAUUAAACGCACCAGGUACAGUGGGUUGCUUUGACUGUAUUCGGUCCAUUUGUCUCUUGUGCUGUGAUCCACAUGUUACUUAGAAAGCUAUCUUAGAAGUGUACAGUACCCCAUUGCAUUGCCUUUGCCCUCCUUAUCGAAAGCGCCAUGGCACCUCAAAACUCGCUGUAGGAGAAGCUCAUUGGUGCAAAAUGACAAACUUCGUUCUGCAUUGGUAGGAAAUUGAUUUUUUAGGGUACUAAAUUUAAUUGUCAUAUUUUAAUACAUUUAUCUAAUCGGGGUUACCAAGAUAUUUAGAUAUAGGUCUACAAAAAAGGCUAAUUAAAAAAAUAAAAUAAAAUAAAUAAAAAUUGCAUUUCAGUUUAAACCGUUCCAGGAUUUCCUGGGGAUUGAGUUAGACACUUGGGAGCAUGCUAGAGGUUUGCUGUAUUAAACUCAAAUCUUCCUAAUAUUUGACCACUAGGGGCUGCUGCAAGCUAUGUUCACACUGAAGUCCUUUGUUGUUUUAAUUCCACAACACUAUAAAUGUACUUCCUGUUUUGCAGGUAAUAGUUUUACUUGUGUGUCAUUUUACCUGUAACACAGAGAGGAAACCAAGUUUUGUUCUAUUUUGUUCAAACUGGUGUGUGUAUACACCUGAGUUAAGAACAAAUUAGGCGAGAGAAUUUGUUUCAUGCAAGCUGGGGGUCUUCUUAAAGCUGUACCAAGAUUUCAAAAUGAAUAUGAUGUAUUUCAAUAUUGCUAAAUCAAAGAACUGUCAGAUUGUUGGUAAAUGGAGGGACCCUUUUGCUUCUCAGUGUACAGUACAGAAACGUUGUUUUUCUAAAAUGUUGUAUCUUUUCUGAAAUAAAUAAAUAAAUAGUGUGCCGUUGUUUUCGUUGGUAUGUGGUUAUA